AACUUAAUGAAGGGCUGUGCAUAUUUUUUCUCCAUCUUCUUUGAAGAUGAGAACAAGGGCUGGGCAAUGAGAGAGAUACCUUAACUGGGGCAUCAUUACUUUGUGUUAAUUGCUUGAAUGCUGUUGCUUUAAGAUUUUGCUGAGCUUUGAGACUGGGGUUCCAGUAGGCCCUGAUGUGCAGCCUUAUUCUGUGGAUAUCAAAGAGCCACCUCUUAAUGUCUUGUUGAAGAAAAAACUGAUGGAUUUUUAUGAAACUCAUUCUCCAGGGAAGGUGGAUUUGUCCAGCAAAAGGCCUGUCUUGGUUCUUCAGAAUGAUACCCUCUAUUCCCAGAGGCGACCAUACACUAGUGAGGAUGAAGCCUGGAAGUCCUUUCUUGAAAACCCCCUUACAGCAGCUACCAAAGCCAUGAUGAGCAUCAAUGGGGAUGAGGACAGUGCGGCUGCUUUGGGCCUCUUGUACGACUACUAUAAGGUACCCCGGGAAAGGAGAACUUCUACAGUGAAAUCAGAUGUAGACCAGUCUGAUCAAGAUCAUGGCAAAAGGAACAGUAUGCCAAACAUGACGGAACAAUCACUUAUUUCUGCUGGGGAGAACAGAGUGCAAGUCUUGAAAAACAUGCCUUUGAAUAUUGUCCUUCCACACAGUUCUCCAAUGGGCAUUGACAAGAGGGGCCACCUGACGACUCCAGAUACUACAGUCACUGUCUCCAUUGCAUCUAUGCCCACCCAUUCGAUCAAGACAGAAACUCAGUCGCAUGGUUUUGCUGUGGGCAUCCCUCCAAGUGUCUAUCACCCAGAAGCAUCUGAGAGGGUGGUGGUUUUAGAUCGGAGCCUCAGCGCUGACCAGUUUAGCACUAACAGCCAGCCUCAAAAUUCCCAGCGACGUACUCCUGAUUCCACCUUCUCAGAGUCAUUUAAAGAAGGUGUGCAAGAGGUUUUUUUCCCUUCUGAACUGAAUCUUCGGAUGGCCAACGUGAAUUCUGAAGACUAUGUGUUUGAAAGCAUUGCUGGGAACAACUUUGAAUAUACUCUGGAAGCUUCAAAAUCACUUCGGCAGAAGCCAGGAGAUAAUACGAUGACUUAUCUAAACAAGGGCCAGUUUUAUCCCAUUACACUGAAGGAAAUUAGUGGUGGUGAAGGAAUCCAUCAACCCAUCAGUAAAGUUAGAAGCGUCAUCAUGGUUGUCUUUGCUGAGGACAAAACCCGGGAGGAUCAGCUCAGGCACUGGAAGUACUGGCACUCCAGGCAACACACGGCUAAACAAAGGUGCAUUGACAUAGCUGACUAUAAGGAGAGCUUCAACACCAUAAGUAAUAUUGAAGAGAUAGCCUAUAAUGCCAUCUCCUUCACUUGGGACAUUAACGAUGAAGCUAAGGUCUUCAUCGCUGUGAACUGCCUCAGUACAGAUUUCUCCUCUCAGAAAGGUGUCAAAGGACUCCCUCUGAAUCUUCAGAUUGACACCUACAGCUACAAUAACAGAAGCAACAAACCCAUACACAGAGCUUACUGCCAGAUUAAAGUCUUCUGUGACAAGGGAGCAGAAAGGAAGAUCCGGGAUGAAGAACGGAAGCAGAGCAAAAGAAAAGGCAAGUGCAGUGACCCCAGCUCUCAGCUGAAUGCCUUUUCUGAUGUCAAGGUGCCCGUGCUUCCCUCCCACAAGCGUACAGACAUCACCAUCUUCAAGCCAUUUAUGGAUCUUGAUACUCAGCCAGUUCUCUUCAUACCUGAUGUUCAUUAUUCAAAUAUUCAGCGUGGAGCUCAUGCUUUUUCUGUUGCAUCUGAUGAAAUGGAGGGAGAAGGGUCUACCAUGAAGAGGGGGGCUUACAUAAAUGAAGAUGAAUUUGCUGCUAGUCCAAUUAAGAUAUCUCGAGUAGAAGAACCAAAAAGAGUGUUGUUGUAUGUCCGGAAGGAAUCCGAAGAAGUCUUUGAUGCACUUAUGCUUAAGGUUCCAUCUCUGAAAGGUCUAAUGGAAGCUAUAUCUGACAAAUACGAUGUCCCCUUGGAUAAAAUAGGAAAAGUUUUCAAGAAAUGUAAAAAAGGUAUUUUAGUGAAUAUGGAUGAUAAUAUUGUGAAGCAUUAUUCCAAUGAAGACACCUUUCAGUUACAGAUAGAAGAAGCUGCUGGAUCUUACAAACUCACCCUUACUGAAAUCUGAAAGCUGGGCUCCUUGCAGAGUCUUUCAGUGAAGGCUUUGAAUACAAAACCUCUUUCCCUUUUGUCCUCAGGAUUUAAAUGUGUUUUUUAUGGAAGAAGCCAUUUUAUUCUUCCAAAGAAGAAUACCUUUUUUUAAAAAAAACAAGAAAUAUCAAUUGAUAAAUCUGGCCUUUUGGCUGCAACGCUGCACUUGAAAGAGAUGAACGUGACACUGAAUAUUUUUUUAAAAAAAAGAAAUUUGCAUAUAUAACCAAAGCACAAUUAAAAUGAACUUCUUGUUAUAUUAUCAACAUAUUCCCUUACCCAUAAAAUAUGUGUGUAGGUUUGUUUAUCAGCUCAGAACUUCCAAACUCCUUUGGUGCUUGUAGGAAUUUCAGAAAAGUGUAGGAAUGGAUUGUUGCGAUGUUUACAGCUUCCCAGGGCAUAGAACUAUAAUUUCCUGCUACAAUUUCUUGUUCCAUGCUUUAUGAAGAACUUUCUUUAACUGUAUGUAUCCCACUGAUGAACUAUAUCUGUAUAUAAGUGUGGUGUAUUUUGAAGGGUUGUAAAUGUGUACAUAGAUCAUAUUAUAUAUAAUUGCAGGAUAUACAGAGAUAUGAUUAGAUAUGUAUGUGUGUGCAUAAUAUAGAGCAUAUGACGAAGCCAAUCUCAAAAGACUACAUGUAUAUAAAUGUAUCACUAAGAAAAGCAAUCUUGGUGCUAAAUUAAAUUUAUGUUGAGCAUGUUCAGUCUCUAGUAUGGGGAAAUAGCUAAAAGGACAUUUUUUUUGCAUAGUAUAUUUAAUUUUUUUUAUUAUUAGAGUCUGAUAUGAGACUAGCUCAUAUACCCUAUGAUUAUAACUGAAGAAGCAUGAAGCAUCAAAACUGCUAUUAGUGAUUUGGGGCUUCGGUUCUCACAGCAUUUUCAUUCUUUUCUUUGUUCCAAAGUAUAGAGGUGUACCAUUUUAAUACAUGAAACAGAGAUUGUUUUCUCACUAUUUUCCAUUAUAAUUUAGAGUCCAUUUGCAAAGUGCAUUUAUGACACAAUUCCAAAAAUAAGCUCUCCAAGCUGCUGCUAAACAAUAAUGUCCUGGUUCAUACAACACACUAAGCUAUUAUGUAGUUUGUUUUGUGCAGGGAUUUGCAUGUUGUAAAACCCCAAAAUGGCAGUUUAAGAAGGCAGUGAUUUAGUCAGCAAAAUGUGAUUACAAAAAACAUGACUUAAGACAAUGUGUGAGCCAGACAGCAUAAUGGGACUCAUAAUGGAAUUGGCCCACACUGUAAUACCAGUGCUAGCUGCACAGAUGUGAAAUGAAUUCAGUAUGUGUUUUUAGGAGAAGGUGAUGUAACACAACUUGUAGCCAGCCAGGGACACACAUUAUCUACUAGGGCUAGCCAAUAAAAGUACUGGUUAUUUCUUGUUGGCUGCCCAAAUUUUACUUGGGCUACUUGUUUAUUUUGAAAAACCAUUCAAAGUAUUAAUCAUGAUCUCUAUGAAUAUCCUAGGCCCAGAUAUUUGAAGCAACACUUUCUCCAUACAGACCUGCCUGCACACUGUAUAAUCUAAGACCUUACUCCUGGUUCCUUAUGGUCAGACUCUUAUUUUAUUUAACAAUGUUUGGUUUGUAUAUUGCUUUUACAAUUAAUGUUAAUCACUUUGAAGUCUCAGCGUGAAGCUGAGAAAGUUAGUUCUACAACAGGCUAGCACAAAGUUUUGCCUGGAAUUUUGAACACUUAGGCUCUUUGCUAUUUGAUUUCCUUGUCCACUGUGUGUGGUUCUUACUACAACUAUUAUUAUUAUUAUGUAUAUUGCAUAGCAAUAGAAUCCUGAGAAAUGUAGAACAGAUGGAAUACGUUGAAGCAAACCCCAAAGAGUAUCUUUCCCAAGAGAAAAAUCUAAUAGCUUUUUUUUUAACGGUCGUGUAUUUACAGGUUAAAAGAUUAAAUCGAUCUUGUUACUGAAAACUAGUAACAGCCUCUGAAUAUGCUGUCAAUAAUAAUUCACAGUUGGAAGAUAUUUUGUCAAGAGAAUUUUUGUAUCUGUAAACAUGCAUGACAAGUUCUGCUUUUUUAUAGAAAAUUGAGGUUUUGCUACAGAUAAAAUUGAGUAAAAAUAAGAUUUUUCUCUAUUAAGAAUGAAUGCACUUGUGGUUAUAUUAUAUGUGAUGUAUGAACUGAACUGUUGAUUUAUUUUCUGGGACAUGGGCCUUUUAACCAUAGCCAUAUUUGUAGAGUUUGAUGGAAGUGAUUUUGCCCUUGUUUGCUUUUAUGUGUCUGUGUAAUUGAAAGUUUGCUGUAAGGCAAGAGCAAUUAAAUUUUAUAUGUCCAUUUGUAACCAUUCA